AUGGGCCGUCGAUCCGCCUCCCCACGUCGCAGUCCACGCCACACGCGUCCGCGCAGCCGCAGCGGCAGCAUCCGCGGCGGUCGCAACUCUUCCCCACCCAAGCGCUCGCGCUCGCGUUCCCGUAACUCCCGCCGCGUGCGCUCGCGCUCUCGCGACCGCCGCCCCGACCGCAGCAGUCGCGAACCGCGUCGCAGUCGCCGCUCGCGUUCGACCGACCGCAGUAGCCGCGAGCCCAUCAGUCUCUUGGUGCGCAAUCUGUCGCCCGAGACGACGGCCGACGAGCUGCGGCGCGCGUUCGAGCGUCGAACGGGCGACAUCCUCGACGUGUACCUCCCGAAAGAGUUCAACUCGAAUCGGCCGCGCGGCUUUGCGUUCAUUGAGUUUGCCGACUCGCGCGUGGGCCGCGACGUCAAGUUCGAGAUGGACCGGUCGCAGAUUGGCGGCCGCGAGAUCGCCGUGCUCUUUGCCAAGCAGCACCGCAAGAGUCCGCAAGAGAUGCGGCGGAUUCUGAACCUCCCGGCCGACCGAUCACCGAGACGCUCGUCACGACGACGCUCCAAGUCGCGCUCGCGCUCUGGAUCUCAGAAACGAUUGAGACGCAGUAACAGUGCCGGCCGCAAGCGAGAUUCCGUUUCUCCGCGCCGCUCUCCACGUGCUUCGCCAUCUCCACGUCGCUCUCCGCGGGCGUCGUUAUCUCCACGUCGCUCUCCACGGGCGUCGUUAUCCCCACGUCGCUCUCCGCGGGCGUCGUUAUCCCCACGCCGCUCUCCACGUGGAUCGCCGUCUCCGCGUCGUGCUUCUCCUUCGCCGAAUCGGGAGAAAAGAAGCGCAGACCGCAGUAUGUCGCCCAAUGACAGAGCCGACGAGACCAUUGAGCUAUUCCAGCAGCAUUCGAUCGACACUCGCUCGGUAUCAACCGAGCUGAAGUGUGAGCCCAUACGGAAGGGGAUUGGAGAGGGGACUCUGUGCAGAAACAGGAACGGGAAAAGAAGCCUUGCAUUUUAA